AUGGACAAACACAAUCAAACAUUGCUGAAUGAAUUCAUCCUGAUAGGAAUCACUGACCGCCCUGAGCUGCAGGCUCCAUUGUUUGUGCUGUUCCUCAUCAUCUACAUGAUCUCAGUGGUUGGCAACUUGGGCAUGAUCAUCCUCACCACGAUAGACUCCAAGCUACAAACACCCAUGUAUUUUUUUCUCAGACAUCUGGCUAUCACUGAUCUUGGUUACUCAACAACUGUGGGACCCAAAAUGUUGGUAAAUUUUGUUGUGGAUGAAAAUACAAUCUCUUAUUACUUUUGUGCUAUACAGUUAGCUUUCUUUAUUGUGUUCAUUGGCAGUGAACUGUUCAUUCUCUCAGCCAUGUCCUAUGACCGCUAUGUGGCCAUCUGUAACCCUCUGCUCUACACAGUCAUUAUGUCCCAAAGGACAUGCCAUGUGCUGGUGACAGUCCCCUAUCUCUACUGCACAUUUGUAUCUCUUCUGGUCACCAUAAAGAUUUUUAAUUUAAACUUCUGUGGCUACAAUGUAAUCAGUCAUUUCUACUGUGAGAGUCUCCCCUUGUUAUCUUUGGUAUGCUCAAACACACAUGAAAUAGAAAUGAUAAUAUUAAUCUUUUCAGUUUUUAAUUUGAUUUUAUCCCUUCUAGUAGUUCUAAUUUCUUACCUGCUCAUUCUUGUAGCUAUUCUCAGGAUGAACUCUGCAGAAGGUAGGCGCAAGGCCUUCUCCACAUGUGGAUCUCAUCUAACAGUGUUGGUAGUGUUCUAUGGGACUUUAAUUUUUAUGUAUGUGCAGCCCAAGUCUGGUCAUUCUUCUGAUAAUGAUAAAGUGGCUUCCAUAUUUUACACCCUGGUUAUCCCUAUGUUGAAUCCUUUGAUCUAUAGUUUGAGGAACAAAGAUGUAAAAUACGCUUUGCGUAGGGCUUGGGAAGAUUGUAAACAAUAUUUUCUCAAAGUUCAUUAA